GGUCAAACGCCUUUGCUAUGGGCGGCUAAAAGGGGCCAUAAUGCCUUGGUUAGAGUACUUUUGGAAACGGACGACAUCGAUGUCAAUGCCAAAGACAACCUCAAGAACUCGCCGCUCUUAUGGGCAGUUGCUGGGACACACACCGAAGUGAUCAAAUUAUUACUAGAUAGAGAUCACGCUGAUACUGAGGUUGAGGACUACGAAGGUCUAACACCGCUUCAUAUGGCCUCAAUGGAAGGGCACCUCCGAGUCGUUCAAGUGCUGCUCAGCCAAAACAACAAAAAUGUCAAUUCCAAGGACAACCGUGGUUCUACACCAAUGCAUUACGCUUCUGAGAGUGGUUAUUUUAGGAUUGUAAAGUUGCUUCUU